AUGGAGGGGUCGGCGCAGGACCAGAUCGUGGUCGAGGUGGCGGACCAACCAUCCCCGCUGAAGCGACCGAGCCGCGCCCCGAAACCGAGUGCGAAAGUUCGCGAAGCCAUGCAAUCGAUCGAAGACGCAACCACCGCGUCGAGAAGGACUACGAGCGAUGCUACGCGGACCGCCGCUUCGAGAGGAACGCGCGCGCUAGGAGGCGGGAAUGCGACCAACAGCGAAGUUGGGACCGGGAAGACAGCGCUACAAACACUCCUAGAGGUGCUCAAUGCACAGCGAAACGAGAUGCUCGAUACAAUCAUUGAACUACGCGACGUGGUCAGCAAGCAGCAGAACACGAUUCAAGAGUUGCACCAUCAGCUCCAGGAAUACCAACGUCAAAUGGAAUGCGCCCUAGCGAACACAAAGGCACAGCUAUCAGAGGAGCUGAGGCAAGCUCGAGACCAGAUCGACGUCCUUAUACGCAACCCGGUAUUCACGGCCUCGUCCCAGCCAAGCGCAAGAGCAUCGUACGCCGAAGUCGCUCGCACCCCACCAUCAAGCCAACCAAGCGGGGUGCGCACCCUCUCCUCGUCGAACACGACACCCUCAUCCUUUACCGACACGCUGUUCUGCACCAUCGACACAUCCAGAGUGGAGGAAAACGAAAAGAACAAAGUCCAGGUGGCGGAUGUCAGAAAAGCAAUCGAGGCGGAGGUCCGGACACUGGAGAACAUGGGAGAUUGGCGCUGCGCUGCGGUUGUAAAGGAGGCCCGGAACCCGGAUCGGGUCAAGGUGGUUUGUAGAGACGAAAACGAGACCAGGAUUGUCAAGGAUGCAGCACAAAAGAUCACUGUCCCGGGCGUACGGGUGCUGAGGGAUCAGCUCUACCCAGUGAGGAUCGACAAUGCCAACCGCACAGCGGUCCUCGACGCCGAGGGGAACGUUUUACCAGGGGCAAUGGAAGCCUUUGGUACAGAGAACGACGUCAACAUUGCCAAGAUCGCCUGGCUCAGCAGGAAGGAUACAGGCAAGGCCUACGGCUCUAUGGUCGUCUACGUGACGAAGGGCAGUGAAGCGAGGCGACUUCUAGACGGGCGUUACUUCCAUCUGGCCGGAGAAUCCGCUUACACGACCGUGUUCGCGCCCCGGGAAGGCCCAACCCAGUGCUACAGAUGCCAGGAAAUCGGCCAUAAGGCCUUCGCCUGCAAAAAGCCGCAAAGAUGCGGAAGGUGUGCGGAACAGGGUCACCACCACAAGACGUGUCAGUCCGUGACGCUUAAGAUCCUUCAGCUCAACGUCCGCAAACGAAGAGAAGUGCAGCAGAGUCUGCUAAACGACGAGGGACUCAAGGACUUCGCAGUGCUGGCCAUCUCCGAACCAUAUGCCAGGCUGAUCGAAGGCUCGGUGACGACGGUCCCAAUGAGUCAUCACAACUGGACGAAGCUGAUACCAACGACAAGACGAGAAGCCACGUGGCCAAUUCGGAGCAUGCUAUGGGUACGAAACGAUAUAGAGGUCGAGCAGAUUCCAGUACCGUCAGCAGACCUCACCGCAGCACGCAUCCGGCUCCCAGACCGGGCAGUGCUGAUGGUGUCAGUGUAUGUGGAGGGUGGUAGUGACGAAGCACUGGAAGAUGCAAUGAGGGAGAUUGACCUAAUGAUUAAGAGGUUUCGAAACGGAACAGGGACGAGAACGGAUAUCAUACUGGCGGGCGAUUUCAACCGCCACGAGCAGCUUUGGGGAGGGGACGAUGUCUCACCACGGAGACAAGGCGAGGGAGACCGCAUCAUCAACCUCAUGGACGAACACUCCCUCUGCAGCCUCCUCCCAAGAGGCACGAAGACGUGGCAGUCAGGCGACAUUGAGAGCACAAUCGACCUGGUACUAGCCUCUGCAGAACUAGCAGACCAACUACUCAGAUGCACGAUUCACCCCUGCGACCAUGGCUCAGACCACAGAGCAAUCGAGACAGAUUUUGACACCACGGUGGAGGACCGUCCCAGUGAGACGAGGUUCCUCUUCAAGAACGCGCCCUGGACGGAAAUUAGGACUAGGGUGGCAGCAAACCUCGAACGCAUCCCCUGGGACGGCAAUGUCCAGCAGCAGACGGACAGGCUCAUGGCAGCGGUAACCGAGGCGGUCUACGGCCUGACACCUAAAGCCAAGCCCUCACCAUACGCCAAGCGGUGGGUGGACAACGGACCUGACACGGCUUCGCCCAGACAUACACGUUUUGGAGAAAACCAGGCGAGAUCUCGACGUAGGAUGGGGCAAGCAGAACCAGAGCUCGAACAACGAGCCAGGAUGGCAGCCAAAGAGUACCAUGACGCCAUCCGCAGACAGAAGAGUUCGCAUUGGAACGACUUCCUGGCCGAUGACGCUAACAUCUGGCAAGCAACGAAGUACCUGCAAACCGGCAGCGGCACGAUGGGCGAUAAGAUACCCCCGCUCGUCCGACCCGAUGGCUCCAUCACGGAGGGUAAAGCAGAACAAGCGCAGGAGUUACUCACCGCCUUCUUCCCACCUUUGCCAGCGAGAAUCGAAGACGAGGGCCAACGACCUCAACGGGCGCCGGUACACAUGCCAGACCUAACAAUGGAGGAGAUAGAACAAAAGGUCCUGUCCGCUAAGCCAUGGAAGGCGCCCGGGGAAGACGGUCUACCGGCAAUGGUAUGGAGACAGCUCUGGCCAGUGGUCAAAGACAGGGCGCUCCAUUUAUUCCGGACGUCGCUUCGAGACGGCGACAUCCCCAGCCAGUGGAAGAAUGCCAAGAUCAUCCCAUUGAAGAAGCCAGGGAAGAGCGAUUACACUCUAGCCAAGUCCUGGAGACCCAUCUCGCUGCUCUCCACGCUAGGUAAGAUACUAGAGGCAGUCAUUGCGGAGCGUUUAUCCCAUGCUGUGGAGACCUGCGGCCUUCUACCCGCCAACCACUUCGGAGCCAGGAAGAGACGCUCGACCGAACAGGCUCUCCUUCUGCUUCAGGAACACAUCUACAAAGCAUGGAGAGCUAGGAAAGUGCUCAGCCUGAUCAGCUUCGAUGUCAAGGGCGCAUACAAUGGGGUCUUCAAAGACAGGCUUCUCCAGAGGCUCAAGGCAAGAGGGAUACCUGAAUCCCUGGUCAAGUGGAUCGACGCCUUCUGCUCCAAGCGCACAGCGACCAUUGCCGUAAACGGGUUCACAUCUGGACGGCAAGAGCUGCCCCAAGCGGGUCUUCCGCAAGGAUCGCCGCUGUCUCCAGUGUUGUUCCUCUUCUUCAACGCCGACCUAGUGCAGCACAAGAUCGACGCGAACGGAGGCGCAAUUGCCUUCGUGGACGACUACACUGCCUGGGUAACGGGCCCGUCAGCGGAGUCGAACCGCACUGGAAUCCAAGCUAUCAUCGACAAAGCCCUUGACUGGGAGAAACGGAGCGGUGCGCAGUUUGAAGGCGAAAAGACAGCCAUCAUACACUUCACGAGGAACAUGGAGCGAUUUUCAGAACAACCGUUCUCGGUCAAAGGCGAAGUGGUCAAACCGAAGGAAAGUGCGAAAAUCCUAGGUGUCCUAUUUGUUGCGACAGUAGCCCCGGUCAUGGACUACGCUGCCAAUGUCUGGAUGCAUGCGUGCGGGGAAAAGGCACUGAGCUGGCUGAACAGGGCGCAGAAGAUCGGGGCCCUGGCCAUCACGGGAGCCUUUCGAACCGCGGCAACAGCCGUGGUGGAAGCUGAAGCGAGCAUCUACCCCGUACGAGAACGACACGCCCAGGCGGCAGCCAGUCUGUGGAUCAACAUCCACACGCUGCCCGGAACGCAUCCCCUUGCCAUGAAGAAAGUCCGGACCACCGUACGAUUCGUAUCUCCGCUGCAGAAAAUUGCCCGCGUGGCCGAAGGAGUACGAGUUGACCGGAUGGAGACAAUCCAGGAAUAUGCCGUCCCGCCCUGGGUACCUCGCCUACGACCGACGCUCGAAGCCGAUCGAGGGAAAGCGGCCGAGAUGGUCAACAAAAUUUCGGGAAUCGUGAUCGCAACCAGCUCAUCCGUAAAGAAGGGCAUUGUUGGCAUGGGCGGCCUUGCACGGGAUACUCUCUUCAACAGGACUAGCGAGACUGUGACAAGCUAUGCUGUUGUUCUUGGGACAAGGGAAGAGCAGAACCCAUAUACAGCAGAGCUAGCAGCCAUCGCAAUGGCCCUGGAGAAGUUACCGGCUAGCAUCUGCCACAGGCACAUCACCGUGAUCACUAGGAACCAGUCAGCGCUAGGCAGCAGUUGGACAGCCGCGGCAGCAAUCCGGCCCAACAGACACUCAUACGGCAAAUCUACGACUUGGCCAAGGCUGCACCGACAAAGAGGGAACUCGGUCAACUUUCUGUGGAUACCAGCGGAGAUUGACUUCGCGCUGGGGUCAGAUGCCAAGGCAGCAGCCCAGAGAGCGUCGAAGCAAGGACGCACACCCGACUCCCAAAUACCCCAGGCCAAGUCUACCGCGAUGAGGCUGGCAAUGGAAAGACAACGGGCGACAAGAGUUCUACCUGUAAGCGUGGGCAAGUUCUCAAAGGCCAUGGACGCAGCACUACCAGGCAAGCACACGCGCCAUCUCUAUGACAAGCUGAAGCGAAGGGAGGCCUGCGUAUUGGCGCAGCUCCGAACCGGAAUGGCGAGACUGAACGGCUUUUUGAGCAGGAUUGGGGCGGUCGAGUCAGACCUUUGUGCCUGUGGACAAGCGAGGGAAUCAGUAGAACACUUUCUUUUCCGAUGCGUGAAAUGGACAGCUCUGAGGGAAGACAUGCUGCAAUGCACAGUGGCAAGACGAGGAAGCCUCUCGUUCUAUCUGGGAGGGAAAGCGACAUCAGAUACAAGGCAUUGGUCACCAGAUAUGAAGGCAGUCCGGGCGACGAUCAAAUACGCAAUGGCAACAGGAAGGCUGGAGCUGAAUGAGGAGGAGAGUCUAGACCAGUCACAGUAG